UGCUCUUGGAAUCUGUGACUGGUGGAGGUGCUGAGCUGUCCGCGUUCUCUCUUCCCGGUGUAACCAAGCCGCAGUGUCCACCGGCGAGGCUUGGUCCCCCUUCCUCGAGCACAGAAAGACGAGGAGGAAACCUGGGAGCGGCCGGUGGCCAGCCUGGGCCGCUCUGCUGCGGGUUGGCGACUCUGCUGCUACGCUUGCUGCUGUCUCUGGGAACCGGGUGCCAGCACUGAGGAGUCUUCAGUGGACAGCGACCCCCUUCCCCGGCUCCCCUGCCCGCCCUACCGGGGAGGGCGGAAGAUGCCGGUGAAGAAGAAGAGAAAAUCCUCUGGGGUGGCAGCGGCAGUGGCGGAAGACGGAGGCCUUAAAAAGUGUAAAAUCUCCAGCUAUUGCAGAUCCCAACCCUCUGCUAGACUAAUAAGUGGAGAGGAACAUUUUUCAAGCAAGAAGUGCCUGGCUUGGUUUUAUGAGUAUGCAGGUCCUGAUGAAGUUGUAGGGCCAGAAGGAAUGGAAAAAUUUUGUGAAGACAUUGGUGUUGAACCUGAAAAUAUUAUUAUGUUAGUUUUAGCGUGGAAAUUGGAGGCUGAAAGCAUGGGAUUUUUUACCAAGGAAGAAUGGUUAAAAGGGAUGACUUCAUUACAGUGUGACUGCACAGAAAAGUUACAGAACAAAUUUGACUUUUUGCGCUCACAGUUGAAUGAUAUUUCUUCGUUUAAGAAUAUCUACAGAUACGCCUUUGAUUUUGCAAGGGAUAAAGAUCAGAGAAGCCUUGAUAUUGAUACUGCUAAAUCUAUGUUAGCUCUUCUGCUUGGGAGGACAUGGCCACUGUUUUCAGUAUUUUACCAGUACCUAGAGCAAUCAAAGUAUCGUGUUAUGAACAAAGAUCAGUGGUACAAUGUAUUAGAAUUCAGCAGAACAGUCCAUGCUGAUCUUAGUAACUAUGAUGAAGAUGGUGCUUGGCCUGUUCUUCUUGAUGAAUUUGUGGAAUGGCAAAAGGUCCGUCAAACAUCAUAGCAAGAACUAUUGUGAAGAAAAUGCAAACCUUUUGAUUCCUACGUGUAUACAAGCUAAUGAGAUGAGGGGAAAAAAAAUCCAAAGGGUGCAUUUUUAUUCAUAUGACAGACUUCUCAUAGUACUUUUUUUUUCCUUU